AACAUUUUUCUCUCUUCAAUAAAUAAAAUUUUUACUCACAUAAUCACCGGUAGUAAGUAGUUUUUAUUAUAAAUAAAUAUAAAACGGCUAACAAAAUGGAGGUCGGUGAUAAUAAAAUAAUGUCUGAAUUAAGCGACGACAAAAAAUCAUUUGCUGGAAUACCUGAAGCUGCAUUUGUGGAAGAUGUUGACGCUUAUAUGGCGUUGCCGGAGAACAAUGGCCAGGUAGACAAAGCACUUAAGAGGCUGGACGAGAGUCACAGCAAGUACAAAUUCAUGGAGUUCAACUUAUCCAGUAAGAGGCGAAGACUUAGGUCCCAAAUUCCGGAGCUCGAGCGAGCGCUGGAGAUGAUUAAAAAAUUGCAGGCUGAGAAGAACAGUAGCCAGAACCUCGAGACGCAAUUUUUAUUGUCUGAGCAAGUGUUUGCUAAGGCUAUUGUCCCACCUACUGACAAAGUGUGUCUGUGGCUUGGUGCUAAUGUCAUGUUGGAGUACACUUUGGACGACGCUCAGGAAUUGAUGGUUAAAAAUAUUGAAACUGCGAAGACAAAGUUGGUCCAAGUUGAGCAUGAUUUGGAUUUCAUUCGCGAUCAAUUUACCACCACUGAAGUUAACAUGGCCCGAGUUUACAACUGGGACGUGAAGAAGAGACAAGCUGCUAAAACUACUACGAAAUAAUUAAUUAAAAAUUGUAUUAUUAUUAAUUUCUAUUUAAAAAUUUUGAUUUUGUCUUUUAGAAAAUUUUUGAGUUCUAAAAAUUCAAAAGU